AUGCUUCGCGGAGGCUACCGGCCCUCUGAAAGGCGAAGACUCUUGAAUGACAGCCUCAGCUGGCAACAAGACCAGGCGUUGAACAGCAGCAUCUACCUCCUACGACAGAUGGGCCCCACCGGCUUCCUGCUGAGGGAGGAAGAGCCAGAAAACAGGGAUUUCCGAGUUUUUCUUGGAAAUCCUCAUGUUUGUAACUGUUCCACAUUUCUGAAAAAAGGGGAGCUUUGUAAGCAUAUAUGCUGGGUCUUAUUGAAAAAAUUCAAGCUUCCAAGGAAUCAUGAAUCUGCUUUCCAGUUAGGUCUUGUAGAAGGAGAAAUAAAUGACUUGCUACGGGGAAUACAUCAAGUUCAAACUCCCCAACCAGGAACAAGUGAAAAUGCACAUGUGAAAGAAGAUGGGUAUAUUAAACAGAAGGAAAUUGAUUCAGAGGAUAUCUGCUCUAUUUGUCAAGAGGUGCUUUCACAGAAAAGGCUGCCUGUCACCUUUUGCAGAUUUGGCUGUGGCAAUAAUUUCCAUAUAAAAUGCAUGAAGAUCUUAGCUAAUUACCAGAAUACGGUAUCAAACACUUCCACGUUGAAAUGUCCUCUGUGCAGGAAGGAGUUUGCACCACUGAAACUUAUUUUGGAAGAAUUCCAAAAUGCUAGCAAACUUGUGACUGCAGCUGAGAAAGAACCACUGCACAAACACCUUGGAAUUCCCUGUAAUAACUGUAAACAAUUUCCAAUUGAGGGGAAGUGUUAUAAGUGUACCGAAUGUAUAGAAUACCACUUAUGCCAGGAAUGCUUUGAUAGCUACUGCCACCUUUCUCACACAUUUACAUUCCGUGAGAAGAGAAACCAAAGAUGGAGAUCAUUAGACAAGAGACUGGAUGAAGGUGUAAAAUAUUUAAAUGUUAAAAAUGAGAUAGAAGAAGAAGAGAUGCUACAUGUUCAGGAAAAGCAAGGUCAGGUUUACACACCAAAACAGGUUGUAAAGUCACUACCUCUCCUACUAAUUACAAAAAAUAGUAAGCUGCUUGCUCCAGGGUACCAGUGUCGACUUUGUUUGAAGUCAUUUCAUCUUGGUCAACAUGUAAGACUGCUACCAUGUAUUCAUAAGUUUCAUAGGAAGUGUAUUGACAAUUGGUUAUUCCACAAGUGCAAUUCAUGCCCUAUUGAUGGACAAGUCAUAUAUAACCCUUUAUUAUGGAACAGUACAGCAAUGAAUGGACAAGCCCAUCAGUCUGUUUCAAACACAGACAUCGCCCAUCUGUCAAAGCAAGAAGAACCAAAACUUUUUGUUCCUGGUACUGGAUUAGUCCUAAAGACAAAUGAACUUAGAAUCUUACCUAACAUAUCUCAAUGUAGUUUUGAAAAGUUACAUACACUUCCAAGUCCAAUAGAUACUUAUCAGAACAUAACAAUAGAUGAUCUAUGUUCAGUCAAAUUAAGUGAUUCAAAUUCAAGAAAAUUAAUCUAUAAACAUAAAAUUAGCCAACAUUUCCCCAGGCAUCUUCAAGAUUUACCCACUGGAUCUUUUGGAGACAUAUCUCAAACAUUCCUUCCUUCUAUUGCAAAAAAGAAUAUUAUGUGUCCCACUAGAAUAGAAAGCCCAUGUAACAAUGAAAAGUGCCACGCUGGUCAAAAUCAAAAGAUGGCCAAAAGCCGUAAACAUAUUACCCUUGAUCCAAAGAAGACUCUUGGUACUAAAAUAAGGGAAGACAACAGGAAAUCAAAUACUUUACUUCCAGAAGAUUUAAAUCUUAUUAUCAAUUGGGGUAAAACUAAACUUAGUUCACCUAAAAGGUAUAAUAAUUGUAUGGGGAAAAUUAGAAAAAGAUGUAGUCACCUAUCAAGACAACCUGUAUCUCGCCCUUUAAAUACAAAAAGUACUGAGCUAUCUUUAAUAAUGGAAGGAGUUCAGUUGUAA